GACAGGAUUCCAUGGCUCUGCAACUUGCAUGACAUUUUAUUAAGAGAUGUAUCCUCUGGACAGCACGUGGUUCUAGCCUGUUCAGCCCUGAAGAAAAUGUACAGAGACAUCCUCAUCCGAGGAAAAGAUGGUGCAGCUCUGAAGCAUGAGGAGUCGGGAAAGAAAGAAAGGCUGGCUGAAGUGCAGCUCUUGGUGGUCCAUCUGAGGGGGUCGUUUGAAGUCAUCUCUGGACACUUACUCAAGAGAAAAGGACAUUUCAUGCCCCCUGAGUUAUUGCAGUCCCAGUUUGAGACUCUGGAGCCCCCAGCAACUCCAGAAAACUUUAUCCAAGUCAGUGUGGACAGAAAUCUUUCAGAGGUAAUUACUACAGUUAUGGAAACUUUAAAAAUGAAAUCAGAAUCAUUUCUUAUGAGUGGUCUGCAACAGAAUUGGGAACAAAUCUCCAGCCCAUUCCAAACCUUGUUCCAGUCUCCUUGCCUAUACUGUACUCUGAAUUGUUCUUAAGGUGAACAAACCACAAUGUGUUGAGAUAUUAUACUUGUUUGGAUGUAUUUUUGGGAAUUUGUGACAUACUUAGCAUCAUGUGCUGGUACGUUGGGAGAAGAGGAGAGGGAACUUUAAAGGUCAAGCUUAAACUGAAGUUUAAAUUCAUCUGUGACCCAAUCAAAUGAUCGAGGAAAUUCUGUCAUCCAUGUUGGAAACGAUUACCUUGUUUAGAACAUUCUCGCUCAUGCCUUUAUUUGUACGAAUAAAUGAAGCUUGGCUAUCCUUGA